AUGAGUCUGCGCGACUUGAUCGAAGGCGAGGCCAUGCUGGACGAUGAAGAAAUGACGAAGAUACCUCAUGAGUUCAAUGACUCAAGCGAAGAGGAUGAAGAGGAAGACGACGAUGAAGAGGCCCGUCGCGCUGUUCAAGAAGGAUUUAUUGAUGAUGACGAUGAAGAGAUCGAGCAGCGCAAGAGCCACCGGAGGGAAAGGAAGCAAAAACGUGCGCGGGAAGAGGAGCACCUCGAUGAAGAGGAUCUGGAGUUGAUCGGCGAACAUGUUCCUGGCCUCCAACGGGGUUCUGCAUCUGAGUCAAAGUUCAAACGCCUGAAGCGAGGCAAAGAUCGCGAGUCUCAGCACCCCCAAGGAAUCGAUGACAUAUUCAAUUCGGAUGACGAUGAGGAUACAGCAGCAGCACAGCCGUACCGCGGCCGCCCACGCGACAACGAGAUGGAUGGGUUCAUCACGGAGGACAGUUUCUCAGAUGAGGAAGGUCAGCGAGAACAAGAUGACCUUGAGGUUGCGCCUCCCGCUCGCCCUCACGCUUAUGGAAUUGGUGCCUCCGAAGCAGCUGGUUUGGACGAGAAUGCUCUUGAAGACAUGCGUGCGGCAUUUGGUGAUGGGUCGGACUACAGAUUUGCUCUCGACUUUGAAGAAGAGGAAGACGAGGUUAAUCAGGACGAAUCCCGGAAGCUCGACUUGAAAGACGUGUUCGAUCCCUCGGAGCUGGCGGAGCGCAUGUUGACCGAAGAGGAUAACGAGAUCCGAGCCAUCGACGAGCCUGAGCGCCAUCAAGUUGCGCGGAAACCAUACAAGCAUGUGGUUCUUACGGAAGACCAGUUCCGGGAAGAAGCCAUCUGGAUUUCCGGUCUCAUGUUGCUGAAAAAGCGCUUGGAUCCAGAACUGCAUGAGCCUUUCCAGCGUUCUGUGGCCAAAAUGCUGGAGUUUUUGGUCACUGAUGAUUGGGAGGUGCCAUUCAUCUUCCAGCACCGCAAAGAUUACAUGAUCCAUGCAGUUAAGGAACCUGCCAACGGUACUGGUCCUGAUGAUGGAUCGACCCAGUACAAUAUUCGUGCAGAGCGUCUCUUGAACAUGACUGAUUUGUGGGACAUCUUUGACUAUGAUCUGAAAUUCCGUGCCCUUGUUGAUAAGCGCAAUACUAUCCAAAAAGCUUACGACGGUCUGAAGAGCCUUUUUAGCGUGGAAGAUGCGAACGCGGAAGAGCUUCUCACGACUGCAGCUACCAUGGAAGAGCUUCAAGAUGUCCAGGAUUACAUCCACUUCCAAUACGCCACUCAACUUCGUGACAUGGCCAACCUUAACGGCGAGGCUAACGGCGAAAAUCAUCGCCGCAAAACGUCCAGCAAAUCAAUCUACGAAAGAGUGCGAAAUGCUAAAGCUUAUGGCUUGGUGCGCGCAUUCGGAAUUUCAGCUAAUGACUUCGCGGAUAAUGCUGCCAAGCAGAAUCGCCGGAAAUACACCGAAGACCCUUCAGAAGGACCGGAGGAGCUGGCUGAUCAGUUCGUCGACGCGGACUUCUCCAACUCGUCUCAUGUUCUGCAAGCUGCGAAGUCCAUGUUUGCUGAAGAACUCGUAAUGAGCCCCAAAAUGCGCAAGGUUGUUCGCCAAUCAUAUUAUAUGAAUGGCGUGGUCGACUGCUUCCGAACCGAAAAGGGGCUACGACGGAUUGACGAGCAGCAUCCUUACUAUGAGUUCAAGUACCUCCGGAAUCAGCAGCUGAGCGACAUUGCCCGCCGCCGGAGAUUGCGUUUUGAAAACUUCGACCAAUUCCGCCAACGUCUUUACGCUGACAUCGAGUCUGAUAACUACUCCGAGGUCGCCGACGCCUGGAAUCGUCUCCGUCGCGAUGUCUUGGACAUGGCGCUUAGCAAGCUCGAACGGUUUAUCAAUCGCAGUGUCAAAGAAAACAUUCGGCAGGAGUGCGAGAAUCAUGUGGCCAAGGAGUGCCGAGAGGCGUUCUCUUCCCGUUUGGAUCAAGCUCCGUACAAACCCAAGGGAAUGGUCCUUGGAACCGUGCCACGUGUCCUUGCAUUGUCUACCGGCUUUGGCAUCGUUGGUCGAGAACCCAUUUUUUGGGCUUUCAUCGAAGAAGAUGGCCGUGUGUUGGAGAAUGGACAACUCUUCCAUCUUGAUGUGGGAGACGCUGGCAGGGGUAUCAAAGACGGUGAAAGCGUCAGCACUUUCCUCGAUAUUUGCCAUCGACGCAAGCCAGAUGUGAUCGCCGUCUCUGGUAUGACUCCAGAAACGCGACGCCUCUACAAAUUGGUGUCUGAAGUUGUGGAACUGAAGGACAUUCGUGGUCCCACUUAUCAAGACGAAGACGAGAAUGGCGACACUAAGGAUGUCAGCGACCGUUUGGAAGUUGUCAUUGUCAAUGACGAGGUCGCUCGACUUUAUCAAAACAGCCCCCGUGCCAGUCAAGACAACCCAAGCUUCCAGCCGAUGACCAACUAUUGUGUCGCUCUGGGCCACUACUUGCAAAGUCCUCUCAAGGAGUAUGCCUCUUUGGGCCGCGAUAUCGUCUCUAUCCAGUUCAAGCCUGGCCAACAGUUAAUAUCUCAAGAUCUAUUGAUCAAGCAACUGGAGACUGCGUUGGUCGAUAUGGUCAAUCUUGUGGGUGUCGAACUCACUGAAGCCAUCCAUGACCCGUUAACAGCCAAUCUUCUGCCUUAUGUCUGUGGACUGGGCCCUCGAAAGGCCGCACACAUGCUCCAGAUGAUCCACCAGGGAGGCGGCCAUAUCAACAACCGCGUGGAACUCAUUGGCAUCAACUCUCAAUACCCAGCCAUGGGUAUCAAGGUGUGGAACAAUUGCGCUAGCUUUCUGUACAUUGACUAUGAGAAUGCCGACCCGGACGCGGACCCAUUGGACAAUACUCGGGUGCACCCUGAAGACUACGACAUCGCACGCAAGAUGGCUGCCGAUGCCUUGGAGCUUGAUGAAGAAGAUAUCAAGGCUGAAACUGACGAGAAUGGCUCGGGCGCAAUCGUGCGGAAACUAUUCCGAGACGAGCAACAAGAUCGUGUCAACGAUCUGAUCCUCGAGGAGUAUGCCGAGCAAUUGGAGAAAAAUCUCAACCAGCGGAAGCGAGCUACCCUGGAAACAAUCCGUGCGGAACUGCAACAACCGUAUGAGGAGCUACGUAAACAGUUCCUCUUCCUUGGGACUGAAGACGUUUUCACCAUGCUCACUGGUGAGACUCAACAUUCGUUGAAGGAUGGUAUGGUGGUGCCUAUUGCCAUCAAGCGCGUGUUUGACGACCAUAUCGAUGCCAAGCUGGAUUGCGGUAUCGAUGCACUGGUUUCGGAGACGGAGCUGGGAGUGCCUUACGAUGUCCCCGUGCGUAGUGUUUAUCAGCCACAUCAAACUGUCCCCGCCAAAAUCUUGUUCCUUAACAAGAAAAGCUUCACCUGCAAUGUGUCUUUGCGGGAGGAUCAAGUCAGCCAGCCCGUCCAUCGGAACCCAAAUCAUGGAUUUGGCGACUGGGAUGAAGCACAGGAGCGCAAAGAUCGGGAGUCCCAGCGGGAAAAGAUCCAGCACACCGGCCAAGCGAUCCGUGUUAUCAAGCACCCGUUGUUCCACCCCUUCAAUUCUACCCAGGCUGAAGAGUACCUUGGCUCCCGUAGUCGCGGUGAUGUGGUUAUUCGUCCUUCUUCGCGUGGUCCCGACCACUUGGCGGUCACCUGGAAGGUAGCCCACGGUGUGUACCAGCACAUCGAUGUUUUAGAACUGGAUAAGGAGAACGAGUUCUCCGUGGGACGAGUCCUCAAGGUUGGAGGCAGAUACACCUACAGUGAUCUGGAUGAUCUGAUCGUCAACCACGUCAAGGCCAUGGCCAAGAAGGUGGACGAGAUGAUGCUGCACGAGAAGUUCCAAGAUGGUAGCAAGUCUGAAACCGAUCAAUGGCUUGAGACUUACACCAAGGCUAAUCCUCGUCGUUCUGCCUAUGCCUUCUGUAUCAACACCAAAUACCCCGGUUACUUCUUUCUUUGUUUUAAGGCAGGCGAGCGCUCACGGCUUCAAAACUGGCCCGUCAAGGUCAUUCCCCAGGGAUUCGAACUGCAGAAAAACCCCUACCCGGAUAUGCAGGCCUUGUGCAACGGCUUCAAGUUGAUGUUUACCAACAUGCAAGCCCAGCGCCGUUAA